UUUAUUUUAAAAAAAAUAAUUUUGUGCCCUGUUCAUGGAUCCCAAGGGCUCAAAGCAAUCGCAGCAGGAGGUACCCAACUUCUUGAGUCUCCCACAACCACAAGCCAACAUCAUGGGAGAGAACAAGCCGGCAGAAAUCAAGGAUUUCCAGAUUGCGAUAGCCGAUAAAGAAGACAAUAACAAGAAGCAGUUAGCGCCCAAGAGGAGCUCCAACAAAGACAGACACACCAAAGUAGAGGGCAGAGGAAGGAGGAUACGGAUGCCCGCUCUGUGUGCCGCUAGGAUCUUCCAGUUGACCAGAGAGUUGGGUCACAAAUCUGACGGCGAAACCAUUCAGUGGCUUCUCCAGCAGGCGGAGCCUUCGAUCAUCGCGGCCACCGGAAGCGGCACGAUCCCGGCAUCAGCUUUAGCUGCUGCAGGUGGCUCUGUUUCACAACAGGGGACUUCUCUGUCUGCAGGAUUGCAUCAGAAAAUUGAUGAAUAUGGGGGGUCCAAUAUUGGGUCGGGCAGUAGGACCGGGUGGGCUAUGGUGGGCGGAAAUCUGGGGAGACCCCAUAUGGCUACUGGCAUAUGGCCCCCAGUUAGUGGGUUCGGGUUUCAGUCAUCAUCGGGUCCAUCCACACCAAGUCUUGGAAGCGAGAGUUCAAAUUACCUGCAAAAGAUUGGCUUCCCUGGCUUUGACUUGCCUCCGGCAGCCACGAACAUGGGUGCUAUGAGUUUCACCUCAAUUUUAGGUGGAACUAACCAGCAAAUGCCCGGCUUGGAGCUUGGUUUGUCUCAAGAUGGUCACAUCGGUGUUAUCAACCCACAAGCCUUGUCCCAGAUUUAUCAGCAGAUGGGUCAGGCCAGAGUACACCAGCAGCAGCAGAAUCAGCAUCAGCAUCAGCAGCCUCCUUCCAAGGAAGACUCUCAGGGCUCUGGACAGUGAAACAAGUAGAAUUGUCCGUAGUCCGGGGCUUCUACAAAUGGCUUUUCUAUUGUAUGAUUGGGAGACGUGUGCAAAUAGAUACCUGAAGGAAUUCAAUAGGACCUGGAUUUGGCUUCCCCCACCCCCCCCCCCAAACCAAAAAAAACAUCUUCUUAUUCAUUUGCUGCACUACUCGAGUCUCCAGAAACAGGUGGAGUUGCACUGGCACAUAGCUUGGGUUUGGACUUAAUGUCUUGUUUAAUUCGGAGGUGUGUUGAAUAUUGCUUUGUAAGGAAUCGAUUAUUUUUUCUUUUUUCUUCUAUAGGUCAGGAUGGAGUGAUGAUCUGUUUGUUUGUGAAAGUAAUGGUAUAGUUACAUAAUCAUCUUGCCAAAUCGUAUUGCAUCUUCAUCUUUGUCAUCUGAAAGAUUCUAACCCAAUAGCUGUCUGGCACACUAAAUUAGUAUUUCCACACACAAUUUGCCCUCUUGUUACCAUUUCGCAUUUCGGGUUCGGGUGUUCGCAGACAACUUGGCUAUUUCCAUCAAACUCGUGCAGGGGACCUUUCAUCGACUAUACAUGUAAUGUUUUUCGACAUCCUUUCAAUGGUAAUUUCUUUCAAGAAUAUGAUAUGGUCGACCUAAGUAUUGACAUCUGCAGCUCUCUGUCAUUGUAAAGGAUAGCAAUUUUCCCUUUCCUUUCACUGGUUUUUCUUUUUCUUUUUGGCCAAAUUCACUGGUUUGUCACUCAUGAAAUUUUAUAUCUGAAACGGAUUAUACUGUUCUUGAUACAAAGAAGUCAAUGUGGUUUUCACUCAUUGUGGAAGUCCUCCUUUUCAGUAUCAGUUGAAGUCUGAAGCCAGCGUACUAUAGUAGAGCUUGGGUAUCCAAAGUUGGUGUUGGCAAAUGUUUUAUUUUGGAGAACGGGUGAAGACCUUCAUCUAGGUUAAGAAGUGAAACUAAUAAUCGGUUUGUGAUGGCCUAUUUCUGUACUUUUACUUCCGUAUAACAUCAGAAAUUGAACCAAUCAGCCAUUCUAAUAACCUAGCUGAAAUCCGAAACAACUUAUUGUUUCUGAAGCUAACGUUGUCAUAAGAUGUCUGGUUGUGGUGUUAAGCCUGAUAAACUAACGCAUCUUCAAGAACACACUGAUGUCAUUAUUGAUUGUGGAACGUGAAACUUAGCAUUUAAGUUAUGAAUGAGACUUGGAAUUGCUACUCAAGAUAGUUACUAAGGAAUCUGCCAGAAUGUGAAACUUCUAUGAUCUCGUCAUGCAAUUUGUUUGAGUUUCUGUGAGAUCACCUUGUCAAAUUUGAAUGCAAGUGGAUAUGUGGUAAUCUCCAUGGUGCGUGGUGAUUCGCUAGUUUCCUAUGGUGUCUGGCUGCAAGUGCUUCCAUAUUAAUUUCACCAUAGAAGCUCAUGUCAGCUUUGCACGCUUGUGGGACUUUGUGCUUGCAAGCUUCAAUUGGUAUCGCCCAGUAAAUGACAUUAGCUGAAAUUACAUGCAACAAUCAGUUGUAUUCUGCAUCACCUUUAGUACAGAACAACCCAAGUGAACAUGUAUGGUGUAAAUAUCGUAUGCUUCAUUUGUACAAACCUUGAUCUGGGUUAAUUACUUACUGCAUGAUGAUUAAUUGUUGUCUUUGUACACUAUAUGAGAUUUUUAACAUUGUCACAGAAAUUCUAGAGGGCUGGUGAUAAUUUUUAAACUUUUGAUAUGCUGAAUCUUUUUGUGUUGUAACAUGGUAUUAAAGUAGAAGCGAUAUGUCUUCUGCAUCUAUUAUAAUGGAAGUUGCAAUUUUCUUA